AUGGCGAAUCAGUGACUAUUUCUUUGAGUUAGAUAUUUUGUAAUUAAGAAAUUUUAUUAUUAGUCAGUAGAUCAUUUAUGCCUGUGUGUGUAAAUAAUUUUAUAUUUUAGUUCUCACGUUCUUGUUUGAAAUUUCGAUUAUUGUUAUUAAAGGAGUGUUAAAGUGUAACAUUGGUGGCCAUUACAAAACCUAAACUUUUAUCAGGACAAAUGUCCAUUUGAUGUUUCGGCGACGUUGUGACUAAUCUCAAAGCUAUCUGAAACUGUGUUAAAAAUCUACAAAAGUAACUACGGAGAAUACUUGAGUGAUGUAAAUGUGUAACAAAAAUGAUUGUGAGAUAAAAUUAAUAGUGGUACAGUAAUAACAGUAUUACUACAACAUAAAUCUGUUUUAUACAAAAACAAAAGUGUAUGUCUGGAUUUUGGUAUGGCGAUGCAUCGCCGAUUGUGUUCUUCUAAUAUUUGGUGACAUGGGCUGCAUUGCUGCGGCCCGUACAGACGCUGGGCACAAGCAGUGAUCGCGCGUGCACGGCCAGGGCCUGCACAAUUCAUCUAGUAUUAUGAACAAACGAGAUAGCAACAAGGACAAGGACCGCCAGAACGAGGACAAGAGAACAUCUACCGCGACCGGUGCAGUGGGCGGGCGCGGCGGGGGCGGAAGCAACGCGAUGCACACCUCAAGGUACUCGGUCACCUCGUCCUCGGGCGUCCUCAUGGUCGGCCCUAACUUUAGGGUCGGCAAGAAAAUUGGUUGCGGCAACUUUGGUGAACUUAGACUCGGGAAAAAUCUCUAUAACAGCGACCAUGUAGCGAUCAAGAUGGAGCCUAUGAAGUCCAAGGCUCCGCAAUUACAUCUAGAAUACAGAUUUUACAAAUUAUUAGGGACGCACGCGCCGUCGACUGCAGAAGGUAUACCGGAGGUGUAUUACUUUGGUCCUUGCGGUAAAUACAACGCUCUCGUAAUGGAGUUGCUCGGGCCGUCGCUCGAGGACCUAUUCGAUCUAUGCGGCCGUCGGUUCUCUCUAAAGACUGUGUUAAUGAUCGCUAUGCAGUUGUUAUACCGCAUCGAGUAUGUCCACACGAGACACCUAAUAUAUCGCGACGUGAAGCCAGAGAAUUUUUUAAUAGGUAGAACUGCAACAAAAAAGGAGAAAAUCGUGCACAUCAUUGAUUUUGGUUUGGCCAAAGAAUAUAUAGACUUAGAGACAAACAAACAUAUCCCAUAUCGGGAGCAUAAGUCGCUCACAGGGACUGCUAGAUACAUGUCAAUAAACACACAUUUAGGAAAAGAACAAUCGAGACGUGACGACCUAGAGGCUCUCGGACAUAUGUUUAUGUAUUUUUUACGUGGUUCCUUACCCUGGCAAGGUUUAAAAGCUGACACACUCAAAGAAAGAUACCAAAAAAUUGGCGACACUAAACGAGCGACGCCUAUCGAGGUGCUAUGCGAGGGCCACCCCGAGGAGUUGGCGACGUACCUGCGCUACGUGCGGCGGCUCGACUUCUUCGAGACCCCCGACUACGACCAGCUGCGAAGGAUGUUUCGGGACCUGUUCGACAGGCGCGGAUAUAUCGACGACGGAGAAUUCGAUUGGACCGGAAAGACCAUGUCAACUCCUGUCGUGUCCGGCUCGACUGGUCAGGAAAUCGUGAUCUCACCGAACCGAGACAGUCACCAGCCGUUCAACAAGAUGGGCACGUUGGCCGCUAAAGAGUUCGGCACGAGCGGCACAACCAACACCGGCAACUGGCCUCACAGUGGCAAGGCGACUCCGCUGACGACGGGGCAUCUGACCCCCGCUGACAGGCACGGCUCCGUACAGGUGGUGAGCUCGACCAAUGGCGAGCUCGGCGCCGACGACCCGACGGCGGGCCACAGCAACACGCCCAUCACGGCGCCGCACCACGAGGUCGACGUGAUUGACGACACCAAGUCAGUUUUCCAACUGCAAUCGGUUUAUUCCAGGUGCUGUUGUUUCUUCAAACGUAAAAAGAAGAAGUGCACCGCGCGCGCGGGCAAGUGACGCGGGACCGUCGCGUGACGUCACCGCGCCCGCCCACGACCGCCGCGCUAACCGCCGCCGCCGCCGAACCACACCGCACCCGGUCACCCGGACCGCGGCUCGACAUUACAAAGCCUAAGAUCGGAAUGAAUAAUCGAGAAAACUAGCGAAAAAAAUUCAAUACGGAACCCUGAAUAUUUAUCAUAGAGUAAGAAUAAGACUCCCUAUUUAUUUAAGCUACAUUUUUUAAAUUUUUUUUUAAAUAAAACUUACAUAGUAAAAUGGGGUCUUAUCGAUAUUUGUAUCACACUAGCGAGCCCUUCAGGCUGUGAUGUCACUGCAAAACUUGAAUGUGAUGGUAACGCCAUCUACCGGGUCUAAUUGUAAAUCGAUAUCAUCCAGGGAUCCAAUAAAAUAUUAUAACCAGUCUAAGAGUUCAGUUACUAACACACGUACUGAAGAAUUGUAAAUGUAAAUUAUAAAUUGGGUUGUAUGGAUAUCUGUAUCACACUAGCGAGCCUUUCAAGCUGUGAUGUCACUGGAAAACUUGAAUGUGAUGGUAACGCCAUCUACCGGGUCUAAUUGUAAAUCGAUAUCGUCCAGGGAUCCAAUAAAAUAUAUACAAUCAGUCUUAAGAGUUCAGUUACUAACACAUUUGAGUUAUUACGUAUUGAAGAAUUGUAUAUGUAAAUUAUAACUCGACUACAAUUAGUAAUGUUUUAUUUGAAAAGUUUAUUAUAUUAUUAAUAUCCGAUCUUAUAUUUGUAUUGUCGAGACCGCUAUUGUACUAUUCCACUCGUGGUUGCUCGUAAUGUCGAUUAUGAUUUGUCUGCUUCAGAACUAUUAGUAUCGAUUCGAAUCGACUGUUAUAUCGAUUAAAAGAGAUUCGAUUAAAAUGUUACAAAUGUGUUAAUAGGGUAUGUACGCUCUGUAUUUAUUGAAUUAUAUAAUUUACACGUAUCAACAAUCGAUCCAUAGUCAAUAAGCGAGUGAGCAACCGGGGUGACUGUAAAUAAAUUAUUUUGCAACAAA